AUGGGGAUGCGAGGCCUGCUUCUGGGCUUUGCCACAGUGGCCCUCCUGCUCCAGUUCUGUCACGCCGGCCUGCUGAAGAAGGUCAUCCGGCACCGGCGAGAGACCCUCAGUCCCAGCUCCAGCGAGAACGUGAGCCUGCCGAGUCCCGAGCAGCCCGUGGUCUUCAACCACGUCUACAACAUCAACGUCCCUGCCAGCGCCCUGUGCUCCGUGGACUUGGAGUCCCCCGGAGGAGGAGAGGAAGUCAAGCCCCAGACCGCGGCCCUCUCCGACAUGCACGCCGAGCACACCGUCGACGGCGAGAACCAAAUCGUCUUCACCCACCGCAUCAACAUCCCCAGGCAGGCUUGUGCCUGCGACAACCACCUGCCCGACCUGAAGGACCUCCUGAAGCGGCUGGAGAUGCUGGAGGCGGAAGUCUCCAGCCUGAGGGAGCAGUGCUCCAGCGGAACGAGCUGCUGCGGAGCUCAGGUGACAGGAGAGAUAACAACCAGGCCCUACUGCAGCGGGCAUGGCAACUACAGCACGGAGAUCUGCAGCUGCGUGUGCGAGCCUGGCUGGAGGGGUGUCAACUGCUCGGAGUCCGAGUGCCCCAAUGACUGCCAGGAUCAGGGCCGCUGUGUCGACGGAAGGUGCGAAUGCUUCGAGGGAUACUCCGGCGACGACUGCAGCCUCGAGCUUUGCAGAACGGACUGCGGAGAUUACGGCGAGUGCAUCGAGGGCUCCUGCGUUUGCGAAGAUGGCUUCAUCGGCCUCGACUGCUCCCAGACCAACUGCCCAAGCAACUGUCUGGGCAGGGGCCGCUGUGUCGAGGAUGAGUGCGUGUGCGACGAACCCUGGACCGGCUUCGACUGCUGACUCAUCUGCCCCAACGACUGCUAUGACCGCGGCCGCUGCAACAACGGAACUUGCGAAUGCGAUGAGGGCUUCACUGGCGAGGACUGCGGCGAGCUCACGUGCCUGAACAACUGCAACAACCGGGGCAUGUGUUUGAAUGGUAAGUGCGUAUGCCACGCUGGAUACAGUGGAGAGGACUGUUCCAAGCUCACGUGCCCCGGAGACUGUCACCAGAGGGGCCACUGCUUCAACGGAAGGUGCAUCUGUGAUCCUGGCUUCGAGGGAGAAGACUGCAGAAUCCUUUCCUGCCUCGAUAACUGUAACAACAGAGGCCAGUGUGUCAACGGGGAGUGCUUUUGCGAUGUCGGAUGGGAGGGCUCCGACUGCUCCGACCGUUCUUGCCUAAACAACUGCAUGAACCUCGGCCACUGUGUCAACGGCAAGUGUGUGUGCAAGCAGGGCUACACCGGUGAGGACUGUAGCACCAAGAUGUGCCCCAACAACUGCCACGGCCGCGGGGAAUGUGUGGACGGCAAAUGCAUCUGCCAUGCUGGCUACACAGGCAAAGACUGCAAUGAGCUGACCUGUCCGAAUGACUGUAACAACCGUGGACGCUGUGUGAACGGCCAGUGCAUCUGCAACCGAGGAUUUACCGGAGAAGACUGCACUGAGAAGACGUGCCCGAACAACUGCUUGGACCGUGGGUACUGCGUGGAUGGCAAGUGUGUCUGCUUCGAGGGCUACGCUGGAGCCGACUGCUCUGUGCUCACCUGUCCCGGCGACUGCACUGACCAAGGCCACUGCCUGAAUGGAAUCUGCAUCUGCGACAUGGGAUACACCGGCGACGACUGCUCUCAGAUCACCGCGCCCAAGGACCUGACUGUGGUAGAGGUUGACUCAGAAACCGUGGACGUGUCCUGGAUGAACGAGAUGCUGGUGACGGAGUACCUCGUCACCUACGUGCCCACUGCGCCUGGAGGUCUGGAGUUGGACAUGCGCGUGUCGGGAGACAAAAAGAUGGCCACCAUCCGAGAGCUGGAGCCCGGUAUCGAGUACCUCAUCAGCGUUUACGCCGUCCUCAACAACAAGAUGAGCUUGCCCGUCAGCGCCAGAGUAGCCACACAUCUUCCCCAGCCAGAGGGCUUGAAGUUUAAAUCAGUGAGGGAGACCUCCGUGGAGGUGGAGUGGGACCCCCUCAAUAUCCCCUUCGAUAGCUGGAACCUCAUCUUCAGGAACACGAAAGAGGAGAAUGGAGAGAUCCUGAAUGCGCUGAGCCCGCCCGAGACCACCUUUGAGCAGUCCGGCCUGGGACCGGGCCAGGAGUACGAAGUCAAGCUGCAGGUGGUGAAGAACAACACCCGCGGACCCCCUGCAACCAAAGAACUUCUCACAAAGAUCGACUCCCCCAGCCAGGUUGGCGUGCGCGACGUGACCGACACCUCUGCCCUGCUCACCUGGUUCCAGCCCGUGUCUCAGGUGGACGGCGUGUCCGUCUUCUACGGGCCCAGCCUGGACUCCGACCGCACCACCGUGGAGCUCUCCUCCUCCGACACCCAGCACCACCUGAGCGACCUGCACCCCGACACAGAGUACGAGGUCGGCCUCAUGGCCAAGCGUGGCGAGAUCACCAGCAUGCCCGUCUAUGAGACUUUCCUCACAGAUCUGGACGCCCCGACAGACCUGCAGGUGUUGGAGCAGACGGACGACAGCAUCACCCUGGAGUGGAGGAACAGCCGGGCCAAGGUGCUCACCUACCGGGUGAAGUACGGCCCCCUGUCCGGGGGAGAGCACGGGGAGAGGCUCUUCCCCACCGGGCACCAGGACACCACCCAGGCCAUACUCACGGGCUUGAGGCCGGGAACCGAGUACGGGAUGGGGGUGACCGCAGUCAAGGAUGAACGCGAGAGCUUGCCCACAACAACUAACGCCGUGACUGAUCUCGAUGCUCCGAAGGACCUGGAGGUCAGUGAGGCCACUGAGACCACGCUGCUUCUGGUCUGGAGGAAACCGUCGGCCAAGAUCGACAUCUACAGACUGGUGUUCGUGUCCGCCGACGGCCGACGGGCCGAGGUGGAGGUGCCCGGCGGCGCCAACACCCACACGCUGGUCAACCUCACCCCUGGCAUGAUGUACACCAUCACCUUGGUGGCAGAGAGAGCCAGGAGAAAGAGCGCCCCGGCCACCGUCACCGCCCCCACAGACAUGCAGAAGCCCCAAGUGGGUAGUGUCACUGUCUCCGACGUGUCGUGGGACAGCUUCCUGGUGUCCUGGACUUUGGAACGGGGCGUCUUUGACAGCUUUCUGAUCGAGGUUAAGUCCGAGGGCGGUGAGGAGACGCACAACCUCACCGUGUCGGGCGACGUGUACAGCCAGGCCAUCACAGGCCUGCUCCCUGACACCCUGUACAGGGUCAUCCUCUAUGGCUUCCAUAGGGGCGCCCUCCUAGAGCCUGUCUUUGCCGAGGCCACUACAGGUACACACGUUCAGUGAGCCGUUCGUCACUUUAGCCGUCUCUUUCUCUGUUUCUUUCUUGCUUUCUUUCUUUCGCUUUCGUCAUACCUCUGUUUUCCACACGCUCCAGCUAAUUCAUGUUGCAUGGAAAUAUGAGCAGCUAGCCUCCCACAUCUGCACUAGCGGUAUGUGGCUAAGUAUCAUAUCCACCCUGUUCUGUUAGUAUUUUCCACCAAACCCUCCAGUGACCUUAAUAUUUAUAACCCUCUGGUGCAGGGAUUGCCCAGAAAAUGAGAUACAACUAGAGAGAAAAUAUAUGGAGAAUAUAUGGAAAAUAUAUGGCCUUUUCAUUUUGAGAAGCUGUUGUUGAUAAUGUCAGAGGAGCUUAGCUUUGCCCUCUCUAUCCAUCUGCCUGUUGAGGCAUGCUGCUCU